AUGGACCCUCAAAUGAACAAGCUCCUUAAGUGGAGUGUCCAGAACUCCCAGCAGCAGGACGAGGAUGGCACCACCACUGCCCCUCCUCCCACCAACGAGGCCGGCCGCACCCUGACCCCGGAUAUGAUCAAUGCCCUGUUCGGUGGCCCCAGUGAGGCUGACCUGAUGAAGGCUGCCAUGGAAGUACUGCACUCCGACGAAUCCGACCUCGAGAACAAGUUGAUCGCCUUCGACAACUUCGAGCAACUCAUCGAGGGCAUAGACAACGCCAACAACCUCGAGCCGCUGGGCCUGUGGAGCCCAUUGGUCAAGCUGCUUCAGCACGAGGAGGCUGAGAUGCGCCGUUAUGCGGCUUGGUGUAUCGGCACUGCCGUGCAGAACAAUGAGAAGGCACAAGAUAAGCUUAUCGUCUUGAAUGCUAUUCCUACUCUUGCCAAUAUGGCUAUGACCGAUCCGAACCCCGCCGCGCGCAAGAAGUCUAUCUAUGCGCUCUCCUCCGCCGUGCGCAACUACCAGCCCGCGAUGAACGAAUUGGUCAAAGCUCUCCCGGAGGGCUAUCCUACUGAGAAUGUCGAUUCGGGCGACAUGGAGGCCGUGGAUGCUAUCAUGGACAAGCUGCGGGAGACUCCCGUCGGCUCCGCGUGA